UUUUUGAUAGUGACAGUGCUCAGCCAUACUUGCCUUUAACUUUGCCUUUACCUUUCAAAUUGGAAUUGUCUAAAUUGCAGGGCAAGGGCUUAUGAGCGUUUGAAACUUGAAACCCUUUUCAUCUGCUAAUCCCUAAUGAAGAACCAACACACUCAACAACGCCUUCAACCUCCACUGGUUGAUUCUGUUCCAGGAUCAAAGCUCUGUAUCCAACCUGACAUAAAUCCAAAAACACAUAAGAGAGAAAACUCAUCUAGAGAAGGGACAAGUGUUCAGCCUCCUCUUCUACCUGAUCUUCCCGAUGAUCUUGCUAUUGCUUGUUUGAUUCGAGUACCCCGAUUUGAACACAGGAAACUACAUUUGGUUUGCAAGAGAUGGCACCACCUUCUGUCUGAAGAAUUCUUUUAUUCACUCAGGAAAAGACUUGGAAUUGCAGAAGAGUGGCUAUAUGUCAUCAAAACUUACCGUGGUGGAAGAAUUUCAUUGCAUGCUUUUGAUCCCAUUUACCAACUAUGGCAAACCCUUCCCCCAGUUCCUGCAGAUUUUCCUGAAGUGAUGUGGUUUAGUUGUGCAGUUCUUAGUGGUUGUUGUCUGUACUUAAUUGGUGGAGUGGAUAUGGAAGGAUCUAUUAGUAUUACACAGGUAAUUUUCUACAACGCACUUACAAAUAAAUGGUAUAAGGCACCAGAUAUGCUUCAGAAACGCAAUUUGUUUCGAUCGUGUGUAAUAAACAAUUGUCUUUAUGUGGCUGGUGGACAACUUGAAGGAAAUCAAAUGACUAGAUCUGCUGAAGUUUAUGACCCCAAUCAGAACAAGUGGAGUUUCAUCUCAGAGAUGAGCACAGCCAUGGUGCCUUUGUAUAGUUUUGUUCACAAUGGAACAUGGUUUUACAAGGGAAAUGCUAUUGGAAGUGGUAAUUCCAUGUGUGAAGCUUACUCACCUGAGACUGAUACCUGGACUCAAGUUAGCAAUGGAAUGGUCAAUGGAUGGAGUAAUCAUUGUAAAUGUAUCUCACUGAAUGGACAACUCUAUGCAUUAGAUUGCAGGGAUGGAUGCAAGCUAACUGUGUAUGAUAGAGAAACAGAUUCAUGGAAAAAUUUUAUAGAUAGUAAGGUUCAUUUGGGUAGCUCUCCAGCUUUUGAUGUUGUUGCACCUGUUUCCCUUAAUGGAAAGCUAUGCAUUAUCCGCCAGAAUAUGAGCAUUAGUUUAGUGGAUGUUUCUAGUCCUAACAAACAAGUGGAAAACAAUCCUCACCUUUGGAAAAAUAUUGCUCGAGAAUGUCAUGGCAAGUCUUCGGUUAGAAGGUUAUGGUCAACUAUAAUAAGGCGUGGUCGUUCAGAUUCAAAGGGUUACAUUGAUUGCUGUCAGGUGCUUCAGGCCUGAGAUGAAAAUUUUCUCUGAUAAUGCUGGUUAUGCAGUUAGGGAAACUAAUUGAAAUGUGUUUGCCCACUUACUUGCAAUGGACAUGUAGGAGAAAUUAUGUUUCUUCCUAUAAAGAUGAUGUUAAUUGUUGAUUUUGACAAGAGAAUGAGGUCUUGAAUAGGAGACACAUGUUGUAUAUGCUAUUUCACUCUGAGGCCAUGGCUUUUCCCCUUGUUACUAGAUAUAAGGUUUGUUAGGCAUGCUUUAUGGCUAUUAGAGAUAUAGUUAGUUGGAGAUUAGUAGUAAGUUUUACUAGUAUGUUAUAGCCUAUAUAAAGGCUUGAUGUAAUCACUCUGGACUCACCUUUCUCAUUAUCAAUACAUUCUAUAUUCAGGUCUA